AUGGGUAUGCUUCGCCUCUUUUUUGUUAUCCUGGUCGCAGGGGCCUAUAUUGCUGUGGCCCAGCAGCAGCCUUUUCAUGCUUCUAGAAAUGAUGUUUUGUCGGUGGAUAUACUUCCUUCGCUUCCAGAGUCUUUCAAUCCUAUUCCAACCACGGUCGUGACUGUGGACUGUCUUUUCUGUUCUUCCACAGACGAUGGGGAGGUCUCGUCUUCCACUCGGUUUGACACUACGAUAUAUACACAGAUAUUCAGCAUUGGGACCGAGUUCCCUGAGCCGUCUGCACCCUCUGAACCGUCAGGUAUUGUAUCUGCAGAGGCCUCUGGCACGGUAAUAUGUGCACCUCAUUGUCAAACCUUUGUGACUGUUCCUUGGAAGAGUGGUGAAUCAAAGGUUGCCCCUCUUACUCCCGUCCCAGUGGCAACCUCAUGCAUCACGAUAUUCAACACUCCUAUUCCUAUUCCCCUACCCACAACAGAUAUGUGGACUCCGGUUGUACCCUCGCCUUCUCUAUCAACAUCGACGUCGUGCUCAACUACGGAGACGGACUUGUCUCCUUGGACAUGGAAUAUGCCUGGGCCUUCACUAUCGACAGAACUAGCUUCGAGCGGCCUAGGAAUACCUCCGUGGACAUCGGCAGCAACGGAGGAGGCGACGGUUGUUACUGAAUCGACAUCAGGCGCUACAGUAGUCCUACCUAGCGGCGCAGAGAUAACACCAACGUGGUCAUUCGUGUCUGUUCAGACAUCUCCAGCUACGGAAGUAUCAGCGUCGACAUGGACAUCAACGUCAACGCUGACUGAAGAGGUUCCUGUCUCAGAACCAUGUACAACAGAGAUCACGGUCACAAUGACCAAGACCUUCUACGAGACAUGGGAGUCCAAGACACUUCAGAUAGCCACGCUAUCUCGUACGGUAUCAACCACCAUCGAAACAGUGAUAGUGGAAGCGUAUUCUACGUCGACAGGAGAGGUUGUGGUCGAAGGCACGAAGACGGAGUUAACAACCGUUGAGGCUGUUAGUUCGGGUGUAGACUGUUCGGAGGCUGGAAAAUGUUGCGCUGCUUGUUCAGCUACCGCAGAGUCUAUUGGAGUUGAGACGACGACUUCAACUCUCGUGGGAACAUACACGACUGUCGAGGAGUAUGUGUCUUCUGCUGGUGGCUCUUGGGUGCCAACCGAGUCUCCCUCCGGGACUGCAGUCGCCCCUGGCACGGAGGGCUCGAUUCCCACAACCUCAGAGACACUUACAGAGACAACAACCAUAUCUGGAUCGUACGCUGAGUCGGAGACAGCCGGUCCAACGUCCGUUCAGACUGCGGGAGCCGCCCAUGUGACGGCAGCUGUGGGAAUAGGGGCUAUUUUCGGUCUAAUGGGUUUGUUGGCUUGA